AAAUUCACUCUAUUCACUCUACAAAAUCCAUCCACCACCAUCUUCAAAUUACCACCUACCAAAUUGUAAUCCCAAACUCUGCAGAACAAGAAGGCAAUAAGGCAGCAUCCCAACACAUCAGCAGAACAAGAAAGCAGCAGCAGAACAAUAAGGUAGCAUCCAAAACAUGAUGUUGACAUCAUGCCUAGAACUAAAAGACCGAGACCACAAGUUGGUGAAAGUUCCAACCCUCCACAACGCCAAGAACAGCAGCCUCAAAAUCAGUCAUAUCCUACUGAUGAUUUUCUCAGUGCAAGUCACGAACUAGCCUUUCCAAACUUCUACAGCCGACCUAUUGUAACAGGGAGGAGGGUAAAUCUACCACUUCAAUAUGAUGCACUAUUAGUUAGUAAACUUGAAGCAAUGGGAUGGCUAAAUUUAAUUAAUUUACCCCAAAAGGUAUAUCCACGACUCGUAUCUCUAUUUUAUGUUCACUUAAGAGUUACUCAGGAAGACGAUGGAAAUUUUACUCUUUUAUCAUAUGUGAAAGGAAAGGGUAUGCAGUUUGAUAUUCCUACUUUGGCAAGCAUUAUUGGAGUUGAUGUAGGUGAUGAAAAUAUCCAUUUUCAGACUGAGGCUGAGUUAGCUAAUAUUGUUGGUAAUGCUACUGAUGUAUAUACUACUAUUUGUCAGAACAGAUUUAUUGGGACUAGUUUACAAGCAAGACAUUUAAAACCUUAUCUUCGGAUUCUCCACCGGUGGAUUGUGGAAAAUGUCACUCCAAAAAAAGGACAUCAUGAUGCGGUCCCAUAUUUUAAUGCCUAUUUGUUAUACUGUUUUGAAGUUGGCCAUAAGUUAGAUUUGUGUUACAUAAUUAUGAAAGAAAUGAUUCUCGCAAAUCAAGGUCAAUUCACAGGCCGGUCAUUACUGCUUGGGGCACUCUUGACAAAAAUUUUCAAACAUUUUAGAGUUCGCCUGGUAGAUAAAAUGGAGAUCAAAAUCCAUUCACCCAUUACUCAGUAUACAGUGACCCGUGCUGGUGUAGCCUCCAAUUUAAUGGGAAGUGUUAAUGUUUCAGAAGAUUCAGAAGAUGAAGUCCCACCGGAUGAUGCUCCAGAACAUCCUCCUGCCAAUGUGAUGCCAUCAACUGAACAACCUCCAUAUUGGACUGAGUUUAUGGCCAUGGAAGAACAACGUUAUAAUCAAUGCGUUCAAUGGGAACAACAAAUGGCUAAUCAAGUUAAUUCGUUGGGUACUCAGUUUGAUACAUUUGCCACUGCGCAGAACUCAUUAAUUCAACAAUUUGGUGAGUUCCAUGUGGAUAUUGAAAGACGUCAUGAAGUGGCAAACAAUCGUAUAGAUAGGAUUGAGCAUCGCGUAAAUGACAUAUACCAUCAUUACUUCCCUCCUCCACCACCACCACCAGAUAAUGACUGUUGAUGUGUUUGACAUUAUGUAUUUUAACAACCUUUUGUUAGGUCAUUAAAGUGUUAUGAUUUUUUGGUAUAAAUCAUGUUAUAGUAGUCACGUUAUAAAUCAUCUGAUCUACUACAUUCAAUAAAGGUUCUCUUACUAGUUCCUUAUU